CUGUUAAGACUCCCUUUAAGAACUGAUAUGUCCUUACCAAGAGUAGUGGGCCUUGUUCACACUUCGAGCUAAGCCCACUUCUCAUUCUCUCAGUAUUACCCAAGUUUAAAAGUGGUGAGUUAACCUGUUGACGUUUACCUGUUCUUUGGGGCAACUGUUUUGUGUGUUUUUUAUGGAGCGUGCUCAGGUAUUUAUAGCAGGUGCUUUAAAACUCUUUUAGAAUGGAGAGAGGGGUGAGGCUGUAACUUGACAUUUAUAAUUUAAAUAAGAAAAUACAGAAUUCCAGACUUGGUUCACAUUACCAGAAAAUUUCAUGCAGAUCAAAGAACUUGAUGACAUUUCCUUAGGCUGUUUAAAUUAUAGUUAAAACUUUUGGGUAUAUUUGACAGGCAUUUGGCUAAGGAGUAAUUCUCUUGCUCUUGAAAAUAUUUGCUGUAAAAUCACCUUUGACAUAGUUAGAAAUCCUGGCACUUCAGAUUGGAUCAUGUGACCUAGAGUGUGCCAGCGUUGUAGCAUGUGCUGGGGUUUCUAGUAUCUUCAGUUUCAUUCUGGAAGGAGCCCGAGAUCCUGAGCCAUCUAUCCAGGAACAUGUCCGGACUAUUAAUCGUGGCAGGACUUUGCUAGCCAGUGGGAAAGAUGACGUAGGCUUGCCGAGUUAGAAGCCCUGAGUCCACGCUCUAUUUGUGACUUCAGCCGGGAUGUGACAAGGGUCAGGUCAUGUGGGAUCCCUCUCGGGAAGGACAAGUGGUUCUGCACUUGCAUAAUUUGGACGUCAUUAACUUGGAACAGAAGCACACUAUAGAUUCUGACUUUUAAAUAAUUUGGGAAAGAAUAUUCAUGACAAAUUGCAGUUAAAAUUCUGAUUCUUUUGCAGUCUUUAUGGUUUGUGCUGUCCAUGUACGUCCAGUCCCCACCCACCCGCGGUGCUCCUGUCUGACGUGGCCAGUGGACUUGGCGAAAUCUUUUGAACCAUGCCAUCUCCUGUCUAGUUUCAUCUGGGUUGACUGGAAACAGAACUUGCCAUCUGGAUUGAUAAACUAUAGAGGAAAAAACUCUUGUCAGCACUUGUGGAAGGUGGAUUGGAAUGAAGAAAGAGAGAAUGAAGGUAGCAAGACCAGUGAGGAGGCUCUAGUAACUGUCCAGAGACUAAUAGACAAGUCACGUGUAACCUGUGUCAAAUGGGUUCCCGGUUCGGAAAGCCUUUUCCUAGUGGCCCAUUCGAGCGGGGCCAUGUACCUGUAUAACGUGGAGCACACUUGUGGCACCGCAGCCCCCCACUACCAGCUUCUGAAGCAGGGGGACAGCUUUGCCGUGCACACUUGCAAGAGCAAAUCCACGAGGAACCCUCUCCUUAAGUGGACGGUGGGCGAGGGGGCCCUCAACGAGUUUGCUUUCUCCCCAGAUGGCAAGUUCUUGGCGUGCGUGAGCCAGGAUGGCUUCCUGCGGGUGUUCGGCUUCGACUCGGUGGAGCUGCAUGGCUCCAUGAAAAGCUACUUCGGAGGCUUGCUCUGUGUGUGCUGGAGUCCGGACGGCAAGUACCUCGUGACAGGUGGCGAGGACGACCUGGUGACAGUCUGGUCUUUUGUAGACUGCCGAGUGAUAGCUAGAGGCCACGGGCACAAGUCCUGGGUCAGUGUUGUGGCAUUCGAUCCCUAUACCACGAGUGUAGAAGAAAGCGACCCUAUGGAGUUUAGUGGCAGUGACGAGGACUUCCAGGACCUUCUCCACUUUGGUAGAGACCGAGCAAACAGCACACAGUCCAGGCUCUCCAAACGGAACUCCACAGAGAGCCGCCCCGUCAGUGUCACCUAUCGGUUUGGCUCAGUGGGCCAGGACACACAGCUCUGCCUGUGGGACCUCACAGAAGACAUCCUUUUCCCUCACCAACCCCUCUCGCGAGCAAGGACACACACAAAUGUCAUGAAUGCCACGAGCCCUCCCUCCGGAAGCACUGGAAACAGUGUCACGACACCCGGCAACUCUGCACCCCCGCCCCUGCCGCGGUCCAACAGCCUCCCGCAUUCCACCGUCUCCAGUGCUGGCAGCAAGAGCAACGUGGCCGACGGGGCCAUUGCUUCUGGGGUCAGCAAAUUCGCGACGCUCUCACUACAUGACCGGAAGGACCGGCACCACGAGAAAGACCACAAACGGAACCACAGCAUGGGGCACAUUUCCAGUAAGAGCAGCGACAAACUGAACCUGGUCACGAAAACCAAAACGGACCCUGCUAAAACUCUGGGGACACCUCUGUGUCCUCGAAUGGAAGACGUCCCCUUGUUAGAGCCGCUCAUCUGUAAAAAGAUAGCACAUGAGAGACUGACUGUGUUAAUUUUUCUUGAAGACUGUAUAGUCACUGCUUGUCAGGAGGGAUUUAUUUGCACAUGGGGAAGGCCUGGUAAAGUGGUAAGUUUUAACCCUUAACGCUGCGCCAGCUCGAGAACGUGACUAGGUAGACAUGUUUUCCUUGCGGGAGGGGUGGGGUGUACAAUGAAUGUGAAUGACACUUCUUCUAAAUGUAAAUCUAAAUGCAUCAGAGCCAUAAUUUUGGAUACUGCAUGCCAUGUAAUUCUGAAUCAUUUGAUAAUUCACCUUAGAACGUUUAAAAAAAUAUAAUCAAGCUAAUUGCCAGCCAAGUCAGUCACCCUCCUGGGAGUAUAUAGAGUCCCAAGGUUAGUGUUCCCGUAUUAGACUAUUUCGAUUUUAGGAAAAUCAUGACAGUGUGGGGGAAACAAUGACUUAAAAUGCUAAAAUUAAAAAUUCUGCUUUAACUGGAAUAUUUUUGCCUAACUACUCAAUUAGAAUAUUGUACACCUGAUCAGAACGUGUGUUCAGUACGGACGGCCAUUAAUUGUCAUUUAUAGUCCGAUUUUUUAUCUUAAUCAUAAAAUGUUUAGGAAUCUAUGAAAUUUAACUUUAGGAACAAAGCGUUCAGCAGGGUUGAUUGAUAUUAUUUUUACAUUGUUCUGGCAAUCCACAGAAAGAGAAGAGCCUUAAUUUUUAAAACCCAUUUUAGUCAUUUUAUGACAAUUAAAAUUGUUUAAUAAACAUCUUUUUUCAAAGAA